UUUGCCCCGCUCCUGCGCUGCCCGCCUGCCCGGGACCGGGGGAUGGCCGCGGGGAGGCCGUGCACUGCUUCAGCGCCAGCACGCCCGCCGACAGGUUUGCACGUCUUCGCCAUCGCCUUGGCCUUGGAGGUGUCGGUGGGGAAGACCAACACGGUGACGGCUCUCAAUAACUCCAAUGUCCUGCUGCCCUGCACCUUCACCACCUGCAUAGGCUUCCAGGACCUGGUCUUCACAUGGUAUUUCAACUCGACGGAGCUGCUGAUCCUGGCCCCCCUGCCUCGGCAGAUUUACCACGGCAAGAUAAAGAACAAAGCCACGGAGCCCACGCCCAUCUGGCACAACCCGCGGGUGGAGUUUGUCGGCUCCACCACCAAGAAGGACAACAACAUCUCCAUCGUGCUGAACGGCGUGGAGUUCAGCGACGCCGGCAAGUACACCUGCCACGUCAAGAACCCCAAGGAGAAGAACGCCCAGCACAAUGCCACCAUCUUCCUCACCGUGGUCCAUAAGAUGGUGGAGACAGACAACACUGUGACGCUCAUCAUCGUGGGCGUGGUGGGGGGGCUCAUCGGCCUCCUCAUCCUCUUCAUGCUCAUCAAGAGAGUGGUCCUGUUCAUCAUCAAGAAGACGCAGGAUGGGAAGAAGGAGUGUCUGGUGAGCUCGUCAGGGAACGACAACACCGAGAACGGCCUGGCCGGCUCCAAGGCGGAACAAAAAGCGCCACCAAAGGCAUGAACGAAGCAGCGGCGCCCCGCGCCCGCCCCGCCGCGGGAGCCCGGGCACGGGACGAGCCUUCUUCCCCUUUUGUUUUCUUUCCGAACUGCCAGCGCUUGAGACAUGUUUCUAUUACACACGUGCCUGCAACCUGCA